CCCCCACAGACCCACCAGUGACCCGGCCGCAGUCCCCGGCCCCCCCCCCCACGCUGGGCCCUGAUGCGGAGCCGGCCCAGAACGCCACCACGACUGAGCCGGUGGUUACCGUGGAGACGACGGCCGAGCCCACGGACGAUACCACGCUCGAGCCUGAGUCAGAGGUCACCACGGAGACGCUGGGCCCGCCUGCCAUCACACCUCCAGGUGGCGGUGAAGAUGACACCCCCAUCAUAGCGGUGACGGUGGCCCUCUCAUCCCUCCUCGUCAUCAUCUUCAUCAUCAUCGUCCUCUACAUGCUCAGGUUUAAGAAGUACAAGCAGGCGGGGAGCCACUCCAACUCCUUCAGACUGACCAAUGGCAGAGCAGAUGACACAGAGCUGCAGAGUGUGCCGCUAUUGGCCCGCUCGCCCAGCACAAACAGGAAGUACCCGCCCCUUCCUGUGGACAAGCUGGAGGAGGAAAUGAACCGUCGCAUGGCAGACGACAAUAAGCUCUUCCGGGAGGAGUUUAAUGCGUUGCCAGUGUGUCCUAUCCAGGCCUCGUGUGAUGCUGCUUCUAAAGAGGAGAACAAGGAGAAGAACCGCUACGUCAACAUUCUGCCCUAUGACCAUUGCAGAGUGCACCUGAGUUUGCUGGAGGGAGUCCCAGAUUCUGACUUCAUCAACGCCUCCUACAUAAACAUACAUUCCAUUGAAGACUAUUUAACAGGCUAUCAAGAGAAGAACAAGUUCAUUGCUGCACAGGGACCAAAGGAGGAGACGGUGAAUGACUUCUGGAGGAUGAUCUGGGAGCAAAACACGGCCACCAUCGUCAUGGUGACCAACCUGAAGGAGCGGAAGGAGUGUAAGUGUGCCCAGUACUGGCCGGAUCAGGGCUGCUGGACCUACGGAAACAUCCGCGUGUCGGUGGAGGAUGUGAUGGUGCUGGUGGACUACACCAUCCGCAAGUUCUGCAUCCAGCAGGCAUGCUCUCAGGUGGGCGAUGUCUCUGGGAAGAAGCCCCAGCGUCUGGUCACUCAGUUCCACUUCACCAGCUGGCCAGACUUCGGGGUGCCCUUCACCCCCAUUGGCAUGCUCAAGUUCCUCAAGAAGGUCAAGACCUGCAACCCCCAGUAUGCUGGGCCCAUCGUCGUGCACUGCAGUGCGGGUGUUGGGCGGACGGGCACCUUCAUCGUGAUCGACGCCAUGUUGGACAUGAUGGGGUCGGAGCGGAAGGUGGACGUGUUCGGCUUCGUGACGCGGAUCCGAGCCCAGCGCUGCCAGAUGGUCCAGACGGACAUGCAGUACGUGUUCAUCUUCCAGGCCUUGCUGGAGCACUACCUGUAUGGCGAUACGGAGCUGGAGGUCACGUCUCUGGAGUCUCACCUGGCCAAGCUCUACGCCCCCUCACCUGCAUCAGGCUGUGGAGGGAUGGAGGCCGAGUUCAAGAAGCUCACCUCCAUAAAAAUCCAGAAUGACAAGAUGAGAACAGGCAACCUUCCAGCCAACAUGAAGAAGAACCGAGUCCUACAAAUCAUUCCAUAUGAGUUCAACAGAGUGAUCAUCCCUGUGAAGAGGGGCGAGGAGAACACGGACUACGUCAACGCCUCCUUUAUCGAUGGCUACCGGCAGAAGGACUCGUACAUGGCCAGUCAGGGCCCACUGCAGCACACCAUUGAGGACUUCUGGAGGAUGAUCUGGGAGUGGAGGAGCUGCUCCAUCGUGAUGCUCACGGAGCUCGAGGAGAGAGGACAAGAGAAGUGUGCUCAGUACUGGCCUAGUGACGGGGUGGUGGUGCAUGGAGACGUCUCCAUCGAGCUGAAGAGAGAGGAGGAGAGCGAGAGCUACACCAUCAGAGACCUGCUAGUCACCAACAACAGAGAGAAUAAGGCUCGUGCGGUCAGGCAGUUCCAUUUCCACGGCUGGCCCGAGGUGGGCAUUCCCACGGAUGGGAAGGGGAUGAUCAACAUCAUCGCUGCCGUGCAGAAGCAACAGCAGCAAUCCGGGAACCACCCAAUCACAGUGCACUGCAGUGCGGGUGCGGGCCGGACCGGGACGUUCUGCGCGCUGAGCACGGUUCUGGAGCGCGUGAAGGCCGAGGGCAUACUGGACGUGUUCCAGACGGUCAAGAGCCUGAGGCUGCAGAGGCCACACAUGGUGCAGACACUGGAGCAGUACGAGUUCUGCUAUAAAGUGGUCCAGGAGUAUAUCGAUGCCUUUUCCGACUACGCCAACUUCAAGUAGGGGAUGGACACAGAGGGACUGAGUUACUGGUCACUGGUUGAUUCCAUGGACUGAUGGAAAAGGGAACAAGAACGCAGGAACGGACAGACACAUGGACAGAGCGAGAGAGCGAGAGAAAGAGAGAGAAAGAGAGAGAAAAAAUGGAUAACCUGACCAGAUUGGGAUGGAGAGAAUU